AUGAAGAUUAAUCCAUUGCAGGGUUGGACUCCAUCUGUUCCUCCGACCAUUUCUGUUGAAUUUGGCUCAAGAGAGUACUAUUCUCUCGAGCUCCGUGGACUUCGCAUUUUGCAGCAAUGCGGAUUUGUUUUGGUGGCUGGCGGCUUGGGUGAACGUCUCGGCUACAAUGGCAUCAAGGUCAGUCUUCCGGUCGAGACACUCACUAUGACUUCGUAUCUUGAGUUUUACAUCCGCAAAAUCCUAUCUUACCAGCACCGCAUCCCUGACGCUGAGUUUCAUCGUAUUCCUCUCGCGAUCAUGACCUCCGACUCAAACCACGCUCUUACUCUCCAAUUCCUCGAAGAGCACAAUUACUUCGGCAUGGACCGAGAUCAGAUCUUCCUCAUGAAGCAGGACGUCGUUCCUUCCGUCGUCGACCCCGCCUGCCACCUCGCCGUUCUCCCCGACGGCCACCUCCUGCGCAAGCCGCACGGCCACGGCGACGUGCACCUCUGUUUAUACCGCGACGGGAUUGUCACCAAAUGGAUCAACGAAUUCUCCGUGAAGCGCCUCGUUUUCUUCCAGGAUACCAACGCGCUGGCGUUCUACUCCAUGCCGUGCACUGCCGCCAUCGCCGAUGCAACGCAUGCCCACAUGGUCACCACUUCCGUGCGGCGCCGGCCCCACGAAGCAUCGGGCGCGCUGUGCCAGCUGAAGCACGUGCAUGGCGAGGAGAUGGUGUGCAAUGUGGAGUACAACCAAUUGGAGGAUUUCCUGCGCUCCGUGGACCCGCGGGGAGACUACGCGGACGAGGGCGGGUUCUCUCCGUUCCCGGGCAAUUCCAACAUUCUGUCGUUCGACGCGCAGAACUAUCUGGAGCUGCUUUCGAAGUCGCACGGGAUCGUUCCGGAGUUCGUGAACCCGAAAAUGAAGCCGGGCUCCACGACGGAAUACGCGCAGCCGGUUCGAUUGGAGUCGAUGAUGCAGGACUAUCCAAAGCUCAUGCUGGAGCACGCGAUCGCGAACAACACGCAUCAAAUCGUGGUGUAUCCGCGGUUCAUGACGUGGUCUCCCGUGAAGAACAGUCCGGCCCGUGCGCGGGAAUUACUCAAGAAAACGGGGCAUGAAGAAAGCCCGCGAAGCGGCGAGGCGGACCAGUUGGAGUUGUAUCGACGUCUUUUGCUGAGUCGAAACGACUGCCCGACGUGCAAUCCGGAGCGAAGACACUGCGUGACGAUCGAGGAGGGAGCGAAGGUGGUGCUGGACCCCGAGAGCGGGUGUGUGACGGAGGAAAUCCAUCGCCAUGUGGGCGAAGGCGUGGUGCUGAAGGCGGGAAGCGUGCUGAUCGUGAAGAGCAGAACGUGGUAUAUCGAGAACACGGUGAUCGACGGAUGUCUGAUCAUUGGGGAGAGAGGGGCUGUCUUGAAAGGAAGCACGAUUAAGAACGAGGGAUGGAGGUUCAAGGAGAUUGACGAGAAUGAUGAGACGAUUCCGGUGGUGAUUCGAAUGCGAGGGUAUGUGGUGGAGAAGAAGGAGAAGUGCGUGCUGAAUGGCUCUACGAUCGAGGGAUCCUACUUGGGAGGAGAAACGGCGUUUAUGUAA